GGAUAAAUAGGAGGCACGGUGCAAAUCUCCCUCUUAAUUAAAUCCCGCAAAGCAGAGGAAGAAGGCAGGAGACAAACAAACAAGCAACAGUAGCAGACAAGACUGUGGAAAGUGCAGAUGCAAUAAAGUAUAGAGGAAGGAGUUGCUUUGAAAAAGAAAUUCGCAGCACACUUGAACAUCGCGACUGCGCAAAACUUUUAUCAGAGCGAGUGCAUCCCUACUUAAAGGAAGCAACACAGCGUUUAACGAGGAGAGGAGGCAAAGUUUCCGCUCAAAGUGAAGGAAAAGGUUUGCAAUAACAAGAGUUUACCUUUCCAGGCUCGAUCAGGAUGCCUUUCUUAGGUCAGGACUGGCGGUCCCCCGGUCAGAGUUGGAUCAAAACCGACAGCGGCUGGAAGAGGUCGAAAGAUGAUGCAAAUAAUAACGUUGCUCCGCUGAACAGUUUCUGCAAUGAAGAAUUUAAUAAGGAGAACUUUUUGAACAACGUUGAGUAUGAUUUGAUGACAAAAAAAAGAAAGGAUCUUUUGAAUAACAAUACAAAAAUCCAAUAUUUUCACCAUGAUACGUGGAUCUCAGUUCACAAAGGAAGCACAAAGGAGCGCCACGGAUAUUGUACCCUGGGUGAGGCCUUUAACCGCCUGGACUUCUCCAGUGCCAUUCGGGACACACGAAGAUUCAAUUAUGUUGUCCGGUUGCUGGAGCUCAUUGCGAAAUCCCAGCUCACGUCCCUCAGUGGGAUUGCCCAGAAAAACUACAUGAACAUUCUGGAGAAAGUUGUGCAGAAAGUGAUAGAAGACCAACGUGAUAUCCGGCUAAUUAAGGAGCUGCUCAAUAGUCUGUACGCCACCAUUUGUGCACUGGUCAAAGGUGUAGGGAAGUGUGUCCUGGUAGGAAAUAUAAACACCUGGGUCUACAGAAUGGAGGUCAUUCUUCACUGGCAGCAGCAGCUGAACAACAUUCGGAUCAUCAGGCCUCCGAAUACAGGAGUGACCCUCACUGACCUCCCCAUGUGCCUGCAAUUGAACAUCAUGGAGAGGUUGUCUGAUGGGCGAGAUAUUGUCAACCUUGGUCAGGUGUCCCCCACCUUGCAAGUGCUGAGUGAGGACAGGCUUCUGUGGAAGAAACUAUGCCAAUACCACUUCACAGAGCGCCAGAUUCGCAAGCGUCUCAUUUUAUCUGAGAAGGGGCACUUGGACUGGAAGAAGAUGUACUUUAAACUCGGGAGGUGCUACCCAAAGAAAGAACAAUAUGGGGACACACUCCAGUUCUGCAGACAUUGCCACAUCCUCUUUUGGAAGGAUACGAAUCAUCCUUGCACAGCCAAUGACCCUGAUGGCUCUUACACUUCUAUUUCACCCCUCGAAUUCAUCAGCCUGUUCAAGUUCUGAACUUGAAAAAAUUCUGGAAGGUUCCAAGUGUGGAAGAGAUUCUUGCUGUGCCUUGAGAACUGAGCUACCAAUUUUGUAUACUUGGCUUUUACCAAUGUAAAUACUGUACAAUAAUAUUUAUACUUUCCUUUUUACACUGAAGCUGUAAUAGAAGUGGUUUAAGUUUAUUUUAUAUAUCCCAAUAAAAUUAUGGUGUGUAAAUAUUGCUUGAGGUAAUUCUGGGAGUUGAAAUUACUGAGGCACUAUCUCGAGGAGAGUCGAGAUGUCAGAUAGGAAGCAGUUGCUCCUGAAAUGGGAUUGAUGUGCAUUGUGGUGGCAGUGUAUAGGAAGAGUCCCAUGUACCGUUUCUGGAUAAUCAUGCAAAUGGCUAAUGGUAUGUUUCUGCCAUAGCAGAAACAUCCUUUUGCACCGAUUUGUGGAUUUUAAAAUGCACAUGUUCCAUAGCAUGGAUUAGGUUAGUCCCUUCCAUACUUUCUUAAUUAGUUGCUGAGAUAUUGUGGAAGUAAUCUACACUGCCUUAAGUUGUUUUCUUCACCCAUCUGAUCUCAAGUUGUCAGUAACGUUGACUAUAACCUUGAGCUGCAGAAGCUUCUGAACAAGUUUUUGAACGAAGUUAUCAACUGAUUUUUUUUUUCCCUCUCUCUAACCUGAUAAAGCUACUGAUUCAGUGCCUGAGUUCUCUACAAAGCCUCCUAUCUCAUUCUCACACAAGGUGUGAUCCUUACAUGGUAAUGUGAAGGUUUUUUUGAUGUCUGAUGUAGCAGAGUGCAGCAGACUGUUUUGCACUUGACCAUAGUUCUGUUGGACUAACUUUAGUUGCUGUUAAUAUAGCUAUUAUAUUUGUACUUUUUUAUGAUACAUUAUCAAUAAGUUGAAGGUAGAGUACUGUCUGGUGAUCCUGCAUCUAACUGCUUUGAUGGCUUUGAAUUGAAUAUGAAGGAAUCAUGUUUAUUUUUUUUAUUUUGCAAGAGGCAUGGGAUUGGACAGUGAUUGAACGGCAUUGGUAAUUUUUCAAUUGUAAUCAGCAUUGAACUCCCAGUCACAUCAAUGAUCUGGCAUAGGGCAAAUCUUUAGUACUGAAAGAAGUGAGAGAGGGUGGGUAUUGCCCAAAAUCUAUAGCUUCUCCACAAAGAAGGAAUUCCCCUCAGAGAUUUAGGGGUGGGGGGAGAGAACAGUCAGUGUAGGCAGGAAUGGAGAUGAUAGGUCUGGUAUUGGACUUGGAGAUCUUAAGAGAUUUUUGUGUAGGCCAGGGUUCAUGUUCCACAGGCAGCACAGCAAACUGUCCACACUUCCUUGCAAUUUUCCAAUUUCAGAAUUGUUCCAACCUACUGAAGAGGAUGGAACUAUAUUGGGAGAAAGCACUUGGCUGUAGCUGUUUGGCAAGUGGGCUGAUUUGGAGACCUACUCCUGAUUGGCCUUGGGUGGCCCUUGAUAUUACAGCUUUCAGUUCACCUUCUGUCUUAAAUGCCCACUCUGCAGAAGUUGAGACUCGUAUACUGCUCACUGACGCUGGCAAUUCUGGGAGGAAAAAUUAAGGCUUUUAAAAUAAUUGUUUUGUCUCAACCCUUUUGGUUUUGUACUAUAAUCAAUGGGUGGAGGUGAAUCUGAUAAGCUAUCAAGGUUGUUAAAUCAAGUAACAGUAAUUUCUUUUCUAUUUGGUGGCAUGUUAAUGGGUUUGAUAGGUGAUUACUGGUUUGUGUAGGGUGUGUUGCAAAGUUGUGGAGAAAGUAAUGGGAAUAUGAAAAGUUUCAGUAACCUUUUUACAAGAACUGGGUAGUGGAUGGAGGAAAGUAUCCCAUUCCUAUGAUAAAUUUCAUUCGGAAACCAACAUGAGAAGCAAACUUUGGGCUGUUUCCAUAUAAGACAGUCACAGCCUAGGCAAUAAACUGAGAACAUGUGCUAUGGGAGAUAUUCAAAGCUUAUACAUUUUAAAUGGCUGUAAUUGGAUCAGGAACAAUGCUACUGCUAACAGUACUAUUGGAAUUCUAUAAGGCUUUAAGUGUAGAUGCUCCCAAAUGUAUAACUGCUUUCAUUAAAAAUAUUUCCCCUCAAUAAAAGUCUUUUGUUUGAAGUCUUAUAGAAGCAACAUAAUAUAUGUAGUUUAUUUUCUUAGGUGAUCUUGGAGCAAUUAAGCUUCAGAAUGAGCAUUGGAAACAACCGUUUCAUUUCAAAGCCAACCCGAGUUCUGCAGUACACACACAAUUGCAAUCUUUUUGUCCAUCUGAGUUCCCACAGCUGCCCUGACUGAGGUGCCAAGGCUUGAUUGCUCAAGCUGUCAUAUGGUUAGAAAUGAAAAUUCUUAGUGUGAGGAUGGAGAUUGUAGGAGAGCUUGGCUUUUGCUUUCUCACAGAUGGAAAGGAGUGUUAAUUAAUCCUUCAAUCUCUGAAGCAUGUGGGAAGGUUUCAAUGUUGGGGAUAAGGUUAGAUUGUUGGCUUGCAAAGUAAAAAUGGAGAUAUAAAACAAGAUGUCUACUUGCUGUUGCAGGUUUUACAUUAUUGUGCAAAAUCAAUUCUACUUUAGUAGUUGCAGGACAGUUGACAGACUGAACUUUCUAAGGAUUCAUUCCAUAGCAGAAGCUUCAGAAGCCAUACCAUUAGGUUACCCCUUAAGAUGUGCACGAGAUCCUCCAACAUUUUACUGGGCACAGAUGACAAUACACCUCACAGAAGGUAACCUGCUAAAACUGCAAUGGAUUUUCAAAAUGUGUGUUGAGAAGGUGGGCAGGAACCCCAGUCACAGUGAAAUGUCUAGAAUUGUGUGAUGAAACAUCUAUCUUUCCAGUAAAAUCCUUUAAAAUUCAUUCUUAGCAAAAUACAAGAUUUGCUUUGGCUACUGCAACAGGUUGAAACUGUUUACAUCAGCAAUGAUUUGUAAAAGACUCAGAUAAGCUAGUUCGUGGAUUUAAGUAUAACCAGAUUUGGUCACAGAAGGGAAACCAGUUCCUAUUUCGAAACUGCAGUUUUCACCAAGAUAAUUUGGUUUCUACUUUUUCCUAGAUGAAGUUUGUGCAUUAGCACAAGAGGUCGACUUCUACAUUGGCUUGAGUAGAAAGAAAUAAGUGUGGAGAAAUACUAGGUAGUUUUGGGACUUGUGAUUAAUCAUUGCACUGUCUCAUUUUCUACAUUAAUACUUGUUUCUGUGAAAGUUAGAAAUUUUUGCAUCAUUAUGCAUCUGAAGUAUUGCUUGUCUUCAGUAUAUAGUUAUUGACACAAACUUUUGUUGCAUCUACGCAAAACUGAAUAUCUGUAACAUUAUUUUCUGAUGUAAAAUACUAUGGCAUUUUUUAAUUGAUAUCU